GCUGGGCCGGAGGGGCGGCGAGGGGCGGCGAGGGGCGGCGGCGGCGCCUGUGCUUGCCUGGCUGGCCGUGGCUGCGGCUCGCGGGCGAUGCGGGGCCCGGCGGGGGUGGCGGCGCCUGGGCUGCCGCCGUCGCUGCUGCUGCUGCUGCUGCUGGUGGCCGGAGCGCGCUGGCCGGAUGUCUGUGAAGCUCUGAAUGUGACCGUCUCGCCAGGACCCAAAGUGCAGUACAUGGUUGGAGAAAAUGCCACCCUGUUUUGCCACAUUUCUCAGAGGAGACAGACUCAGAGCCUGCUGGCUGUCCGUUGGGUUUUCACCCUCCCACCUGCCCAAGAGUAUUUGAUGAUCAAAAUGACUAAAUACGGGGUAGUCCAAUACUAUGGAAACUACACGCGUCACUUCUAUAAGCAGAGGCUACUACUUCUGGAGGAAAGACAAAGGACAGUGUACAAAUUUUUAAUCUUGAAUCUCCAGGAAACAGAUCAGGGGCACUAUAUCUGCAAAGUCCAGGAGAUUGGAAAACACAGAAACAGGUGGACAGCGUGGUCAAAUGGGAGUGCAUCUACUGAAGUCCAAGUGAUUUCCUCUAAAGUUUUGGACGACUCUGCGGCUGAGAAGAACCACAAGGCCUGGAAGUUUUUUGAAGAUAUGUACGUCUAUGCUGUGUUUGUGUGCUCCGCAGGCAUAGCCAGUGUUCUGCUGUUUACUUUGGUCAUCCUCUGCCAGACCUUGAUCAAUAAGAAACAAUCUCGAGUAAAGCAUUACUUGGUGAAGUGCUCCCAGAACAGCUUAGCGGAGACAGACAGACAAUGGGGUGACCAGCACUUGUCUCCAGUGGAGCCAUAUAAAAUCAAGGAAGGAAGGAUAAAAAAUUAUGGAACAGCCUCCUGCCAUGUUCCAACCAAAGCACCAAUAUCCAACAGUUUCCCAAAACCUAGGCUUCUGAAACCACAGAGGAAAGUCCUGCAGCCCAAAAUUGCAGAGGAGAAUUUGACCUACGCUGAACUGGAACUGAUGAAGCCCUACCAGAAGGAGAAGGGUGUUCCGACCGUGACGGUCUACGCUCAGAUUCUCUUCGAGGAAAACAAGAUGUGAUGCCUGUCCAGGACAGGUCCUGCGUGCCAGCUCAUACUUAAUUCCUCCUGUGUAGCGUAUUUAUAAAAUGUCAUAGAGGUGGCCUUCUCUUCCUUGUCAGGUUUGUUUUUGUACGAUUUGUUAAAAAAUAUAUAUUUUAAGGGGAUUUUGGUGGGGCCUAGAAAGAGAAAGGCCUCACACUUUGAAUGGGAGCUUAUUCAACCCAGUGAUGUUUCACCUUUUUUUCCUUGUAAUGCUAAAUGUGAUCCCCCACCCACCCUUUGUUAUUGUUCUGAUGCACAACCAAGUGGUCCAAGCUAGGGAGCAGCCCAGUGUCUCAGCUGAGCUAAGAAGCCGCCACUGAAGUCCACUUCUUCUGAGUCUGCAUUUCAUCCAGUUGGCCUGUUCCCCGUUGUCUCCUUCUCUUAAAUGGGGCUGCUCAUCUUCUCCGGUCGCGGUCCAUGUGGACAAGGCAAUGGUAUGUGUGGCUGGUACCUGGGAAUGGGAGCUCCUGCCCUCUUGCACCUGACACUGGCCCUACUCUUCCACUACCCCGCAGAUGGGCAUACAUAGGAUUUGUGCGCAUACAGAAUCCCUUCCAAAACUGUAGGGGAUGCUUGGAGACAGUGUUUGGCUGACAUACAAUUUAAUAAUCCAAGAAUUGUAAUGAAGCAUCAUCUCUUCUGCCUUGGUUAGACCUCACCUAGAAUACUGUGUCCAAUUCUGGACACCACAAUUCAAGAAAGAUAUUGACAAGCUGGAACAGGUCCAGAGGAGGGAGACCAAAAUGGUCAAAGGCUUGAAAUCCAUCGAUGUGGAGCAGCUUAGGAAGCUAGGACUGUUUAAUCUGGAGAAGAAAAGCUAAGGGAUGAUAUGAUCACCAUGUUUAAAUAUUUGAAGGGGUGUCAUGUUGAAGAGAGAGCAAGCUUGCUUUCUGCUGCUCCAGAGACUAGGGCCAGGAGUCGUGGAUUCAAGGUGCAGGAAUGGAAAUUUCACAUGAACAUUAGGAAGAACUUCCUGACGGUAAAGGCUACUGGACAGUGGAAUCCGUGGCCUCGAAGGGUGGUGGAGACUUCUUCUUUGGAGAUUUCUAAACGGGCUGGAUGACCAUCUGUCAGGAGUUUUUUGAUGGUGUCCCCUUGCAUGUCAGGGGCUUGGGCUAGAUGGCCCUUUUGGUCUCUUCCAACUCUAUGAUUCUGUUACAUUACAAGAGAUCCUGCGUUACUUGAGGCAGAAAAAAUGUCUUGAGUAUGACAGGUAAAAGGGAUAUGGCCAGAUCUCAGAAGAUAAACAGCACUUGGACAGGAAAAUACUGAGGAAGACUAGGGUCGCUACACAGAGGCAGGCCGUGACAAAAUCCACCACCGUCAGUCUCCUGCUUUAAUGUGGAUGGCCUAGGCUAGCCCAAUCCCAUCAGGUCUUGGAAGCCAAUCAAGGUGGUGCCUGGUUAGUCCUUGGGUGGGAGACCACCAAGGAAGUCCAGGGUUGCUGUACAGAGGCAGGCAAGGGCAAACCUCUGCUCAUCCGUUGCCUUGGAAAUCCUACAGGAUCACCAUAAGUCAGUUGCAAUUUGACAGCACUCUCUUCCCCCACGUAUGGUGUUCACAUACUUUAUUUGGGAACUAUCCCCAAAGCUUUUGGGACUUUACCAUCACAGGUAAUAGCUCUCUGUAACAUUAAACUACGGAAAAGUUUAGCAACUAAAUUAAGAUAUGUUAAACAGGUCACAUUGCAAGUAAAAUGUACAAAAUAAACAAGUAUUGAGCAAAAAAAUUAAUCCAACUACAUUAAUUUUUAAAAUAAUUUGAGGGCAGGAUACAGAUCUCACCAAAAGGUGUCAGAGUCUUAGCAUGAAUUUCCGAAGCUGCUGAAAUAUACCUAGCAGCAGCUUCUGUGGGCCUUUGUUACCCACAAGAAUGUUCAGAAAAUAAGGAUGGGAUGGGGGUGCAAAGAGGACAGUGGAGGCUUCUGUUUUCUAGAUUUGUCUACGACAUUCGUUAUAUGCAAACUCUGGGUCUCCUUAUGCAGGACCUGAAAUCUUCAACCCAACUUUCAUUUCAGAUCUGAAGUAACGGGACCUUCAUUGUUAGCCUCUCUUUAGCCUGGCUGAUCCCUGAUGUGUUGUUCCAAAGCCAUCUAGAUUUAUUCCAUACUGCAACUUUUGGAUAAUACUUAAGACCUUGGGGCAAACUGGGGAUUUGGGUGUAGAGAGCUUCGAGUAGACACCUGUUUGCCUUUAAAGAAAAUAUUCCCUGUAUUGUGACUUAGGUCAGUUCCCCACGGGAAAUUCUAUCUAGAUUAAACCAAGUUCGUAAAGCAACCGCACCUUUAAUAGGGUUUUCAGCCUCCCCACCGCAGCAUGUAUUCAGCAAAGACAUGUAGGCCUGCCUCUGAUUCCAGAAAUAUAGCAAUCCCCACUACCACUCAGUCUCCUUUGCGGGUCUCUCCUGAUUGGCUGGCAUGCCAUGUUGGGGCAGGACCUUUUUCGGGUGGGAACCUGAGGUUCGCUCGUUUCCAAGGACAAAUGUUUAAAUGUUUAGGCAUUUAAGUGGGUUUUCGCUCUUUUGCAAGGAUAAACGUUUAGGCAUUUGAGCGGGUUUUCGCUCGUUUGGAAGGGCGGACAGUUACUUGUGUAAGCAUUUUUUCAUUAUGCUGACCGAAACUUGGAAGAGGCUGUGCACGCCGCCGAGAGCUGAUUGGUUGCUAGACUUGCAUCACGCUCCACGAUGGUUCUGUCAGGACACGGGAUAAGGGGGAGAACGAGCGCCAGAAACAGGAUGAAUCCCUGUUUGCCACUCAAGCAGUGGAGAGGUUUUCCUGAAACCUAGUUAUUUCACAUGAGUAUCACGUGAUUAAUUGACCGUGGGGAAUCGACCUUCGAUGAACCUGCCUGCUAGCAAAGAUACCACAAUUAGGACAACUGGAAAUGUGCUUUUGGAAUGUGAAAAAGAUUCUCAGGGAUUAAACUGGAAAAGCAAACAUGAGCUGCCCUUCUCAGUAGCUGGAACAAGUUAUGAGGCUACUGAGAGCUACUACAGACCACAUAAACAAGGAAUGCUUCAGGCCUCGCCCACAAAACCCACAAAAGCAUUGUUUUAGGGGAGAUGGGGAAGUCUUCACAUCCCUGAAACCCUGGAGAGCGGCUGCCAGCCUGAGUAGACAAUACUGAGCUUGACGGACCGAGAGUCCGAUUCAGUGGAAGGCAGCGUCAUGUACAUUCAGGUUCACAUGAAAGCUAAUCAUGUGACUUGGUGACCUCUGUGGGCAAACACCCUGAACAGGGCCCUUGAUGUUUGAUCCCCUGAGCCCCCCCCCCCCACCUCUUGGCAGCCCUGUCUGGUGGUUACGACCUUCGCCCCUCCCCUAUCCCCAGUAUGACUCAGUCUUGUUGUUGCUGUGGCUGGAAAGCUUUUUUUGUAUUAGCUAUUUUAUCCAGGAAGUUGUUUUGCUCUGCAGCUGGUGCCUUCCUUCCCAGCGCCUGACUGCUUCACUCGGCCCACAAGACCGGCAUGAUCCUGCCACAGCGUCAGGAUAGGGCCGAGUUGUGCAGGAGAGCCUGAAGAUGUUAGCUGAUGACAUGCGGUUUCAGUAAGCCUUUCCAGAAACCCACCUUACCAUUUUUUAAGCUUCAAAAGGACCAUUUCCCACGCAUUAGACGUGUUUUCAAAAUAAUACCAGCAACACAUUUCAUCUACAGGAAGAAAUUUUUGUUAAUGUUUUCAUUUUCUAUUUAUAUCCUCAUUUGUGUCUCAUUUAUGUGUAAUUCCCUGUAUCAUUUGGCUGAAAUAAAUGAUUUACACAUUA